AUGUUUUUACGAUUUUUGUUGCUAUGCAUCUGUUUAUCAGUUGCUGGUGCAAAGGUAAUUACGGGUAUUUUCAAUAGUUUUGAUUCAUUGACUUGGACCAAUGCUGCUAGAUACCCGUUUAAGGGACCCGGAUACCCAACUUGGAAUGCUGUUUUAGGUUGGUCUUUAGAUGGAACUGUUGCUAGCCCAGGUGACACCUUUACUUUGAUCAUGCCUUGUGUAUUCAAAUUUAUUACUAAUCAAACAUCUGUUGAUUUGAUUGCUGAUGGGGCAGACUAUGCUACAUGCCAGUUCCAUGCAGGUGAAGAAUUUACAACCUUUUCAUCCUUGACGUGUACUGUGAGCAGUGCUUUGAACCCAUCUAUUAAGGCUCUUGGUACAGUUACUUUACCCAUCUCAUUUAACGUAGGUGGAACAGGAUCAUCGGUUGACUUAGAAAAUUCCAAGUGCUUUACUGCUGGUACCAACACGGUCACAUUCACUGAUGGGAAUAACAAAAUUUCAACUACUGUUGAGUUCAAUAAAACCACAGUUGAUCCAAGUGGAUACUUGACUUCCGCCAGACGUAUUCCAAGUCUCAAUCAAGUUACAUCUCUUUAUAUGGCCCCACAAUGUGUGAAUGGUUACACUUCUGGUAUAAUGGGAAUUUCGAGUAAUAGCGGCAUUGAUAUUGACUGUUCAACUGUUCAUGUUGGGAUUUCAAAAGGAGUGAAUGAUUGGAAUUUUCCAGUAUCAUACGAUUCAUUUAGUUACAAGAAAACUUGCUCACCUACUGGUAUUUCUAUCACAUAUGAAAAUAUCCCUGCAGGUUAUCGUCCAUUUAUUGACGCUUACAUUUCUGCUUCAGGAGUUAAACUGUACGCUUUGUCAUAUGCUAAUAAUUAUACUUGUGUUGAUAGCAGCUUUCAAAAUAAACCAUUUACUAUAAGAUGGACCGGAUACAAUAGUAGCGAAGCUGGUUCCGACGGUGUUGUCAUUGUGGUAACAACCAGAACAGUUACAGAUAGUACUACUGCUGUGACUACUUUACCAUUCAAUUCCGAUGUUGACAAAACUAAAACAAUUGAAAUUUUGCAACCCAUUCCAACAACUACCAUCACAACAUCAUAUGUUGGUGUGACUACUUCCUAUAGAACCCAAACUGUACCUAUUGGACAAACUGCUACUGUUAUUGUUGAUGUUCCAUAUCAUACUACAACUACUGUUACUAGUAAAUGGACAGGAACAAUCACUACUACUGCGACUCGUACCAAUCCAACAGGUUCAAUCGAUACAGUUGUUGUACAAGUUCCACUGCCAAACCCAACAGUCUCCUCUACUGAAUAUUGGUCGCAAUCCUAUGGAACAACUACCACAGUCACCGCACCUCCAGGUGGUACUGAUACUGUGAUUAUUAGAGAACCACCAAAUUACACAGUAACUACAACUGAAUACUGGUCACAAUCCUAUGCCACGACCACCACUGUUACUGCUCCUCCAGGUGGUACAGACACUGUGAUCAUUAGAGAACCACCUAAUUACACAGUGACUACAACUGAAUACUGGUCACAAUCGUUUGCUACUACCACCACUGUUACUGCCCCUCCAGGUGGUACAGACACUGUUAUCAUUAGAGAACCUCCAAAUUACACAGUAACUACAACUGAAUACUGGUCACAAUCGUUUGCUACUACCACCACUGUUACCGCUCCUCCAGGUGGCACUGAUACUGUUAUCAUUAGGGAACCACCUAAUUACACUGUUACAACCACUGAAUACUGGUCACAAUCGUUUGCUACUACCACCACUGUUACUGCUCCUCCAGGUGGCACUGACACUGUUAUCAUUAGGGAACCUCCAAACCCAACUGUGACAACAACCGAGUACUGGUCUCAAUCCUAUGCAACAACCACGACUGUUACUGGUCCACCAGGUGGAACCGAUAUUGUCCUUAUUAGGGAACCACCUAAUUACACGGUUACAACCACUGAAUACUGGUCUCAAUCCUAUGCCACGACCACCACUGUUACUGGACCACCAGGAAAUACUGAUACUGUCAUCAUUAGAGAACCACCAAACCCAACUGUUACUACCACUGAAUAUUGGUCAGAAUCCUAUGCUACCACCACCACCAUUACCGCCCCACCAGGAGGUACCAACUCAGUAAGAAUCAGAGAGCCUCCAAAUUUUACAGUCACAACCACUGAGUAUUGGUCACAAUCUUAUGCAAGUACUACAACCGUUACUGGUCCACCAGGUGGAACUGACACCGUAAUCAUCAAGGAACCUCCAAAUUACACGGUUACCACUACUGAAUACUGGUCACAGUCAUACGCAAGUACUAGCACUGUUACUGCUCCACCGGGAGGAACUGAUACUGUUAUCAUUAGAGAACCUCCAAAUUACACAGUGACUACAACUGAAUACUGGUCACAAUCGUUUGCUACUACCACCACUGUUACAGCACCUCCAGGUGGUACAGAUACUGUUAUCAUUAGGGAACCACCUAAUUACACUGUUACAACCACUGAAUAUUGGUCUCAAUCCUAUGCCACAACCACUACUGUUACUGCUCCUCCAGGUGGCACUGACACUGUUAUCAUUAGGGAACCUCCAAACCCAACUGUGACAACAACCGAGUACUGGUCUCAAUCCUAUGCAACAACCACGACUGUUACUGGUCCACCAGGUGGAACCGAUAUUGUCCUUAUUAGGGAACCACCUAAUUACACGGUUACAACCACUGAAUACUGGUCUCAAUCCUAUGCCACGACCACCACUGUUACUGGACCACCAGGAAAUACUGAUACUGUCAUCAUUAGAGAACCACCAAACCCAACUGUUACUACCACUGAAUAUUGGUCAGAAUCCUAUGCUACCACCACCACCAUUACCGCCCCACCAGGAGGUACCAACUCAGUAAGAAUCAGAGAGCCUCCAAAUUUUACAGUCACAACCACUGAGUAUUGGUCACAAUCUUAUGCAAGUACUACAACCGUUACUGGUCCACCAGGUGGAACUGACACCGUAAUCAUCAAGGAACCUCCAAAUUACACGGUUACCACUACUGAAUACUGGUCACAGUCAUACGCAAGUACUAGCACUGUUACUGCUCCACCGGGAGGAACUGAAACUGUGAUUAUCAAGGAACCACCUAAUCCAACUAUUACUACCACUGAGUUUUGGUCACAGUCCUACGACACUACCACAACCAUUACUGCCCCACCAGGUGGCACUAAUAGUGUCAUUAUCCGAAUCCGUUCUAGUCCAAGUGAUGAAUCUAGUGAGUCCACAUUCUCAAUAUUAUCUGUUCCCUCAUUUUCAGCCUCGAUAAGUAUUGUCUCCUCGUUUUCUCGUCCACAUUAUGUAAACACUACGGUUACCAACUUACCUAGUUCCCAGUCAUCAUCAGUGAAUAUACUUUCCAGUGAUGAGAUAACGUUUACUAAUGAUGAUAGAUUCACGUCUUCGAUUGUUUUUGAAAGUGGUGAAACAAGUGUGGCAAUAUCAACAACUUUCUGUGAUGACGAACAUGGUUGCCAAUCUUCUGUUACACAAGGUUCUGUUGUAAGAACUACUGCAACAACGACGGCAACAACCACAACAGUUAUUGGUGGAAAUAAUGGCACGGAUAAACCAAAGUCUGGUGAGUUAGCUUCUACUGGUUCUGUUACAAGCAAGAUAGUAACACCGGGUGGUCCAUCACCAACUGCACCCUUGAAUCCUGGGUCUCCAAAUAAUGGUGUACCAUCACCUAAAUCACCAUCUGCAGAAACACCAGCCACCAAGAAUGUACCUGGAUCACCAGAUAUUCCAGACACUAAAUCGACUGAUAUUUCUAGGACAACGACUGUUGUGUCCCAUACGGCGACUGAGAGUGGAGCUACUGGUGUUCCGAUAAAUCCAAACCCUGCUUUGACAACAGGUACCCCAUUGGUAGGCAAACCUGGUUCUGUAGUUAACCCGUCACGUGAAACUGGUAUCAAUACAGGAUCAAGAAGUUCAACUAAGAUUGUUACUCCACAUGCUACUGGAACUGCCACAGCUGCUAUUCCAGAUACAGGUAAUGGUGCUACUACAAAGGGUCAUGAUACAACUGGUGGUAAUUCCCAUGGAUCUGCAGCUACCACUAAUACUCAAGGUGGAAAUAAUGAACCAGUUAAUCAAUCACCACCUAAUACAGGUGGAGCAUCUGUGGGUACCAGUAGCCAAGGAGUUGACACCACAGCCUCUCAAGCGACUACAUUAAGUCAACAGACUACAAGUUCCUUAAUCACCACGCCUUUAGCUUCUACAUUUGAUGGUUCUGGUUCUAUUGUUCAACAUUCAACCUGGUUGUAUGUGUUGCUUACUGCUAUUUCUUUAUUCUAUUAG